CGUGGGCACCAUGGGCAACUGCCACACGGUGGGGCCCAACGAGGCGCUGGUGGUGUCAGGUGGCUGUUGUGGCUCUGAUGUAAAGCAGUAUGUAUACGGAGGCUGGGCCUGGGCUUGGUGGUGCAUUACAGACACCCAAAGGAUUUCCCUAGAGAUAAUGACGUUACAGCCCAGGUGUGAGGACGUAGAGACGGCGGAGGGGGUAGCUUUAACUGUCACAGGUGUGGCACAGGUGAAGAUAAUGACCGAGAAGGAGCUCCUGGCUGUGGCCUGUGAGCAGUUCUUGGGGAAGAACGUGCAGGAUGUGAAGAAUGUGGUCCUUCAGACGCUGGAGGGGCAUCUGCGCUCCAUCCUAGGUACCCUGACGGUGGAGCAGAUCUACCAGGACAGGGAUCAGUUUGCCAAGCUGGUGCGGGAGGUGGCAGCCCCCGAUGUGGGUCGCAUGGGUAUCGAGAUCCUGAGCUUCACCAUCAAGGAUGUCUAUGAUAAAGUGGAUUACCUGAGCUCCCUUGGAAAGACUCAGACUGCGGCUGUCCGAAGGGAUGCAGACAUCGGUGUGGCAGAAGCCGAGAGAGAUGCUGGCAUUCGGGAGGCAGAGUGCAAAAAAGAAAUGCUGGAUGUCAAGUUCAUGGCAGAUACCAAAAUAGCAGAUUCCAGACGGGCUUUUGAAUUGCAGAAAGCUGCCUUCACUGAGGAGGUCAACAUCAAGACUGCGGAGGCUCAGCUGGCCUACGAGCUCCAGAGCGCCCGGGAGCAGCAGAAGAUCCGCCAGGAGGAAAUUGAAAUUGAGGUGGUGCAGCGCAAGAAGCAGAUCGAUGUCGAAGAGAAAGAGAUCAUCCGGAUGGAGAAGGAGCUGAUAGCGACUGUGAAGCGGCCGGCCGAGGCCGAAGCCUACCGGAUCCAGCAGAUCGCUGAGGGCGAGAAGGUGAAGCAAGUCCUCAUUGCUCAGGCGGAGGCAGAAAAGAUCCGCAAGAUCGGAGAAGCAGAGGCCUUUGUGAUUGAGGCCAUUGGGAUGGCGGAGGCUGAGAGGAUGAAGCUGAAAGCUGAAGCGCUCCAGCAGUAUGGAGAAGCUGCCCAGCUGGCUCUAGUGCUGGAUGCACUGCCUGAGAUCGCUGCCAAAGUGGCUGCUCCCCUCUCCAAAGUGGACGAGAUCAUUAUUCUCAGCGGAGAGAGCAGCAACACGACAUCUGAGGUGAACCGUCUGCUGGCCGAGAUCCCCGCCUCCGUGCGUGCCAUCACCGGCGUGGAUCUCACAAAGAUUCCCCUGAUCCAGAAAGCCACCGGGGCCCAGGCAUGAGGCUGGCUGACCCAAAGCUAGUGAAGAUCACUCCCUGUUAUGCACUCAGACAUCAACUGCCUUCAACACAUGGGAAUUCCUUUUAUAUCAAAGACAAUUGGAGUUUAAUUUUUAAGCUCUGGUGCCUUAUUUUGUAGGGCCAGAAAGAUGCAUGUCCAGUCAGCUGCUCUUUUUAUUACAAAGGGUGGGAGGGGAUUUAUUUUGUAACUAACUAUAUAUUGUAUCAGGCCGGGGUUUGGAUCCGAUCCCCAGCUAUGACUGGCAGCUUGUCUGGUGUUGCAAUCCCGGUGCCUUGCUGUUCUCUGUCCUCAGACGGCCGCCCAGCGCUCAGAGCAGAGGCUCGGUGGGAUGCGGAGCAUGGAGUGCGGAGCUGUAGGAAGAGAACAGCCAGGACCCACCUCCCCUGGGCUCCCUGCUCUCCUGCAGUGACCCUCCUGGGCACUGCCCAACCCCUGCCUCUGCCCACAAGCUGUUUUUGUGGCUGGCUUUCCCCAUCUGAGUGUCUUGCCCACAGGGCCCCCGCAGUGCUAGCAGUCCUGCCCAGGCUGGGCUUCCCCGAGGUGGCAGUCACAGCCCUGGGAGGGUGACAAUCGGGCACUGCCAGUGGGUGCUGCAAUUGGUGCCUGCUCCCAUGCUGCCUUCCCUCGGGCAAGUUUCCUCCUAGGAUCUGGAGGUGGGAGAGCUCGGGGGGGGGUCUGAUGGGGCACUGGUGGAGGGAGCCCAACUCGGCUCUGGACUGAGCCAGGCUUGGCGAGAUCCCACCACCAGGAAUGCCAAAAAGUAGUGCUGUGCCAAAGCCGCCCCAUCCUCCCAAGAGGGGGGUGGAACCCUCGAGGCUGCUGUCCCCGUGCCGUGGUACAUCUUGACUGCCACAACUACUAAAACCACGGGCCAGAGGGACGCGGGGGGCCAGGCAGGGUGCUGCGGUGGGGACAGGCUCCUCCGGCACCACGGCCUGUACAGCUGGCCGGGGACCAGCACUCCCGGGGUGUGACAAGCAGCCGUGCUGGCCGGGGGAUGCCCCAGCAGGCACUGCAGAAGCCCCUACCUCCCUCUGUCCCCCUGCCUCUUAUGGCCAGUGGCUUUGCUGCCCUGAGUGACAAUGUGAAAGAGGUUGUCCCCUGUGUGUGUCCCAUACUCCCCACAGUGCUACUGGCCCGCGCCCCUUCCCUGCCUGUCUCGUCGCCUGUGCUCAGUCUGGCUGUAGCAGCCAAACCCACAUGUGAAGUCAGCCUGGCGCUGCUGUGGGGUGGUGACCUGUGCCAGCACCCUGGGGUGCUGGGGGUGCCUUCACUGGCUCCUUCACCCACAGCUCGGUGCCACACACCCCCCCGCCGCUGUCAUGGGGUGGGUGCAGGGACCCGGGUCCCCCUCUGCCCUCCUGGCAGUGCCCCCGGUACUGGCCAGUCGCUUUGCCAGGAGUGACCCACUGCAGGGAGGAUGGGUGCUGCGGGGCCAGCAGCACCCUGUCCCCCUCCCUGCUGCCGGAGUGGGGAGGACUGGGCCUUAUCAACCCUCGGCUUGCGCUUGUGCCGCGGGGCCGCCGGCCCAGA